AUUGUAUGUUGUUUUAGAGUCAUUCAAGCGUGCGAAAUUCAAGUUUCCCUUCCACUAACCUAAAUUUAAAUGCUUACAAAAUCACUCUCAACGGUGAUCCAGUAAGAAAUUUCUUAGCAAUGGCGGCCACAAAUCUCUACUCUCCUUCUCCUUCCCUUUCCAGCACCCUCAAACACUCUCUCAACUCAAACCCUUUUCACCGUAUUCCAUUUCGUCUUCACAAACCCUUUCUCAAAACUCCCCUUUCCCUAAAAGCUGUUCUUUCUCAAAACCCUUCUAAAACCCAGACCCAAUUUCAGCAUUGUUUCUCCAAAUCCUCAGAUGGGUUUCUUUAUUGCGAGGGAAUUAAGGUGCAGGACAUCAUGGAAUCUGUUGAUAAACGCCCUUUCUAUCUUUACAGCAAACCCCAGAUAACUAGAAAUGUUGAAGCUUAUAAAGAAGCUUUGGAAGGACUGAAUUCCAUCAUUGGUUAUGCGAUUAAGGCUAAUAAUAAUUUGAAAGUGCUGGAGCAUUUGAGGAAGUUGGGUUGUGGAGCUGUGCUUGUUAGUGGAAAUGAGCUUCGUUUGGCUCUUCAUGCUGGUUUUGACCCCACCAAAUGUAUUUUUAAUGGGAAUGGUAAACUUUUGGAGGAUUUGGUUCUAGCUGCGGAACAAGGUGUUUUUGUCAAUGUGGAUAGUGAGUUUGACUUGGAUAAUAUUGUAGCUGCUGCAAGAAUUGCUGGAAAGAAAGUUAAUGUUUUACUUCGUAUUAAUCCGGAUGUGGAUCCUCAGGUACAUCCUUACGUUGCCACCGGUAAUAAAAACUCCAAAUUUGGUAUUAGGAAUGAAAAGUUGCAAUGGUUUCUGGAUGCUGUUAAGGCACAUCCUGAUGAACUUAAGCUUGUUGGGGCCCAUUGCCAUCUUGGUUCCACCAUCACCAAGGUGGACAUAUUCAGAGAUGCUGCAGUAUUAAUGGUCAACUACAUUGACGAGAUCAGAGAUCAAGGUUUUGAAGUUGAUUACCUAAACAUUGGAGGUGGACUUGGUAUAGAUUAUUAUCAUGCUGGAGCCAUUCUUCCUACUCCUAGAGAUCUCAUUAAUACAGUACGAGAGCUGGUGCUUUCACGAAAUCUUAAUCUAAUCAUUGAGCCUGGGAGAUCAGUGAUUGCCAAUACUUGCUGUUUGGUGAAUCGAGUGACUGGAGUCAAAACUAAUGGGACUAAAAACUUUAUUGUAAUCGAUGGAAGCAUGGCUGAGCUUAUCCGCCCUAGUCUUUAUGAUGCUUAUCAACACAUAGAGUUGGUUGCUCCUACGCCACCUGAUUCUGAGAUCUCGACUUUUGAUGUGGUUGGCCCUGUCUGUGAGUCUGCAGAUUUCUUAGGGAAGCAAAGGGAACUCCCAACUCCCCCCAAGGGGGCUGGCUUGGUUGUCCAUGAUGCUGGUGCUUACUGCAUGAGUAUGGCAUCUACUUACAAUCUCAAGAUGCGUCCUCCAGAGUACUGGGUUGAAGAAGAUGGAUCAGUGUCCAAAAUCAGGCAUGGUGAGACAUUUGAUGAUCACCUUCGGUUCUUCGAGAAUCUUUGAUCGGAAAUUUGAGUCCAUUCCUAUUGUCAGGAAAUAUAUCUGGUAUGGCCAUUUUCCCCAUGUAUGUUUGAGUGUUCCAACUGAUUAAUCAUUUUGUUAUCUAAUGUUGACUAGAGUUAGACAGUUUCUUGAACUUGUGUAAACUCAGAAAGCAAAUAAAUAUGAUCACGUUCUUAUCUA